AUGGAGGAACAACAAGCACAAAUUCAGUUAAAGCAGGAGGAGGAUAAUAACAAAUACCUUCAUAGUAACCAAGAUACAGACUCUACUCAACAUCUCGAUGACCAAGAUGCCAGACCCUCACAGAUACGGAGACAAGACUCACCUACUCAUGUGUAUAGUACUAUCGCUACAGAUACUCCACCGCCCGAGGACGAAAAUGUACGUGUGUUUGUUGGAAGUCUUGCCUGGGAGGUUAACGAUAAUGAUCUGAAACGAAGAUUCUCCGAGUUUGGGGAAGUCAGGGAAGCUGUGGUGGUUCGAGACAAAUCAAAUGGCAAUAAAGGCUAUGGAUUUGUGACUUAUUAUGAUGCGGAAUCUGCCACAAAGGCAGUCAAUGGAAUGGUAAAUGAAAGUAUUGGUGGUCGUUCUGUUCGUAUCGAAUUUGCAGAGGUGAGAUAUAGACCUAGACACAGAGAUAGUGAUUCUUGGAGCUCAAGUCAACAUCGUGAAUUAACAUCACCUACUCGACAUCGAAGUAUUGAUGAUAACCUGGAAAGAGAAGCUGCUACUAGACUACAGAAUAGUAAUGAAGAUGAUCAUGCUGCUCUUAUAUCAAGACAUCAAGGAGGAGACGAACAUGUUCAAGAAUCAUCGUCUUCAAUAAGGGAUCGAAGCAGCGAAAAGGAACAUUCUCGUACUUCAUCGACUUAUAAUAAUAAUAAUAGUAGAAGUCGAAACUAUAUCGAGGAUAAUCAUAAUCGUGAACUAUCUUUAAAGUAUAGAGGAGGUUUGGAUGAUCGUGAAUAUGACCGUGAUCGUUAUUUCUCUUCUAAUGAGUAUACACGUGAACGUUAUUACAUGCGAGAGCGUGUUCAUCAUGUUUCAGGAGGAUCAUAUUCUGUCAGGGAACGUCAUACUGAAAAUGAACGUGAGGAAUUUUUGAAUAAUCAAGAGCGAGCCCAUGAAUUUGAGCAUAUUCGAAAUAGUAGAGAGGUCAUAAGUACGGAUAAGCUUGCACGUGAUGAAUAUGUCGGAGAUCAUAUUGGUAUAAAGGAUUAUCCGAGUGAUUAUGCCCAAAGAGGAUCAUCUGCGCAUGACAACAGGAAUACUGAUGGUCGAGAUAAUAAGAGCAAAGAGCAAGGGUCUCGUAUUGAGCAACUUAAUGAAUCUGCAGGCCAAAUAGCAGCUGAACUCGUUGGUCGUCCUGAAGAAGGUACAGAGAAAUUCAUAGAAGCAAAAGGGGAGAAUCAAAUUCAUGAUAAAAAGAACGAGCAACUGAUGCUAACUAAUUCUGAUUCAGUUGCAACGCUAAAUUACAAUGAUUCAGUUUCCCAACAGCAGCAGCACCCGCAUAAGCUAUCUGAAAAUCGUAAUGAUAAUGAAUUAUCGACUUCAUGGUAUUCUUCAAAAAAAUUUCGUUUCAGCAGGGAUUCCCAUUCAGAUCAUCGAGGAGAAUUUAAUUAUUUUCGAGGACGUGGGCGAGAUCAAAGAAUCAUUGAAUUUGAAGAACGUGUUUCUGUUCCAUAUCAUGAACAUCCUAAACAACAUGCAUUUAUUCGUCCUCCUUAUUAUGAUUAUGGAAGACAGAACGAAAGAAGACGCGUUUCUCACAUAGAUUUCCCCAGAAUUACCGAGUAUAAAGCAAGAGAAGCUAUCGAGAGAGAACGUUCCCGUGACCAUGAUCUACGUGAGAGAGAAAGAUAUCAUCGAGAUUAUGAAGUGGAUUAUCACCGUGCUUCUCCAAUUGCUAAUAAUAAUGUAGCGUAUAGGGAUUCUGCUAGUAAACGUGUUCCUUAUGAUUACUAUUAUUCUUCUUCAGUGAUGUCUCGUACCGUGAGGAGAUCAAUUUCACCUCGUCGUUCUAAUAAUGUGCGCAGAUCUUUAUCACCUCGUGGAAAUAAUUAUCCUUUGCGUAGGUCAUUGUCGCCUAGGCGACCGUUGCCACUGCCGUCUCCUUAUAACAAAGGUAGAUAUAACAAAUAUGAAGGAUCUGGGACGCGAAAUAAUAAUAAUCACUAUUAUCAAGAGUCUCGCCGUGAGCAGGAUUAUGAUCCUAUCUAUCGAUCAUCUAAUAAUUAUCGUAACAAUAGUCAUAAUCGAUUCUUACAUACUAAUACAUCGAUAAAUCCCAACAACACAUCUCAAUCGAAAACGGUGCCUGAUAGAGAAAGAAUACCGUUAGAUACUAAUGAAAGCACCAUAGAAUCUGAAAAUUACAAGCCCAAUAUUAAUGUGCAAGAUGAGAGGUCUAAUGAUAACAGGCACUGGGAUUCAAAGAUUACAGACACUCAUGCAGAGCCUAGUAUUGGAAGCACUAGUACAGUUGUUGCCAGUAUAAGUGGUACUCCUGCUGUUCCUCCAUAUGAGCUAAAUACAGAAAAAGCACAUGAACCUACUUCUAAUUCUGGGCACCAAGAUUCGCGAUAUUGGAAUGAUGUCAAAAAAGAAGUUAAUGAUUCGAACUACAAAGCAUUGAACGAGGGCAUCGUGAAGGUGGUGGUGGUGUCAACUCCGAACUCGAAUAUAAAUUCGGGGCUCAUAAACAAACUGGAUAUGAACGGGAAAGACAUGACAGAAACUGGGAAAUGGAUUUAG